AUGCAGGGGUCGAGCACACGGCAGCUACCUACCAACAAAGACAACGUACCCUACCUGACAACUGAACAGGGAACUCGGGUGUACAACAACGAUCACUCCCUCACAGUGGGCCCCAGAGGACCAAUUCUGCUGGAGGACUUUCAUCUGAUCGAGAAGCUGCAGCAGUUUGACCGGGAGAAGACUCCAGAGCGAAUUGUGCACGCUCGAGGAAUCACUGCCAAAGGCUAUUUUGAGGUGACUCAUGACAUCAGCCACCUCACCUCUGCGGCCUUUCUGAAUGGCGUCGGUACAAAGACUGAGACGGCGGUUCGAUUUUCUCUGGUGACCCACGGCCGCGACAGCCCUGAGGGCCUGCGCGAUGUUCGAGGCUUUGCCACAAAGUUUUACACAUCGGAGGGCAAUUGGGACCUCGUCGGCAACAACAUCCCUGUAUUCUUCAUCCGCGACGGCUUCAAGUUUCCCGACCUGGUGCAUGCAUUGCGGCCGAACCCGGCCAACAACAUACAGGAGGCCUGGCGAUUCUUGGACUUCCUCUCCUUCCACCCCGAGUCCGCCCACAUGAUGACCUGGCUGGCGGGCAUGGAGGGCAUUGCCAAGGACUAUCGCCACAUGGAGGGCUACGGGGUCAACACAUUCACACUUGUCGAUUCUGAGGGGAAGAGCACCUACGUCAAAUUCCACUGGCGGCCCCAGCUCGGCGCAAAGUUCAUGACUGAUGACGAGGCGCAGUCUACAGGGGAGUUCCAAAUGCGACACAGUCACGCGACUCAUGACCUCUACAACGCCAUCGCAGACGGGGAUUACCCUAAAUAUGAUUUCUACAUUCAAACGCUGGACCCUAAGGAUGAGCUCACCCUCGAUUUUGACCCUCUGGACUGCACCAAGGUGUGGCCCGAGGAGGACUUCCCACUGCAGCCAGUGGGCACGCUGACACUGAAUAGGAACAUUGACAACUUCCACAAUGAGUCUGAGCAGAUCGCCUUCAGCCCAUCCGUCACCGUCGGAGGCAUCGGCCUGAGCAAUGACAAGGUGCUGCAGUCGCGAGCGCUGUCAUAUGCAGACACUCAGCGCUACCGCAUCGGCACAAAUUACCAGAUGCUUCCCAUUAACGCCCCCCGAUGCCCCUUCCACAACUCCCAUGAGAACGGAGCGAUGAACUUCAUGGAGAAGUCUGGACAGGUGAACUAUUGGCCGUCCACGUUGGACGACGUUGAGACCAGCCCUGCUAGCAAGGAGGCCCACACCGUCAGCAAAGAUGAGAUCAACGGUCAGAGAGUGAAACAGGACAUUCCGGAGGAGAAGCAGAAUGACUUCAAGCAGGCGGGUGACCGCUACAGGAAGAUGUCUAUGCGCGAGUCUGGGCAGCUGAUAUUCACCCUGAGCAACUGGAUGGCCGACCCAAAGUGCACCCCUGAGAUUAGGCAUCGCUGGCUGGAUAUCUGGCAGCAGGCACGCCCUCUGCCUGUUUCCCUUUGUAACUGA